AUGUCGACGCCCGCGCAGGAAGGAGAGUCCUCUCGUGGUCCGUCUGCCAGCGCCAGGCGGCAGGGGGAGAUACCCCGCGCCAGGGAUCCCCCUGGAGGGUUCGCUUCCAGGCCUGGCGUGGAUGCGGCUCGGCGCGGCCUGAAGGUUCGCAACGCGCUCACGGCCCUGGCCAUCGGAGCCGUGGUCGUGGGGAUCUAUGGCUACACCUUUUAUUCUGUCUCCCAAGAACGCUUUCUGGAUGAGUUGGAACUGGAGGCCAAAGUCCUGCAGAACAAAGCAGCAAAAACCCCAGCAGACUGAGGUUCACACAGUACAGGACCCAUUUUCCCCUCACUUUAGAUGCAAAGAGGUCCAAAUGAACUCUUCCCAAGAUGCCAUCUCUGGCUCCAGUUGAGGACAUAUUUGCGCCAUACUCUAGGGCAUUUAUGCCCUCUCUUGUGGUAUGGAAAUCAGCCAGUGUGUUUAUUGGUAAAGCAUUUGCCAUGGCUAACAUGUGAAAGCCACCCAAUCAUUCAGUUAUUUAAUGUGGUGUGUCAAUAAAAGAACUCGUCAAAUGA